AUGGGACCUGCUAACUUUGAGUUGGACACUGUGCCAGAUGAUCGUCUUGACACACAUUCAGAUGAAACUGAAAGUUACGGUAACCAGGAGGUAUUGACAAAAGUAGCUAAUCACGAUGAGCAGGCAUAUGGUGAUCACAACAUGGUCUGUGACAGCGCCGCUUCAACUUCAAGUAUAUCUCACAUCAAAUUUCGGCAGGACAAUCAUCAAGAGCCCAGCUCUGACUCUAAUUCCAUUUCAGAGGAGUCUGACCCUGAUGAUGAUGAGCCCGGCACUCUCAGGGAACAGGAAGACUUAGCACAAAUGCGGCGAAUCCAGACUGGCGCUGCUGCUAUUGCGGGGAUGUUGGCUGUGGAUGAGCACCCCACCUUCCCUGAUGCUGAUGACGAUCUAGACAUUGCCGAAACGACGUCUCCUAUACGCCAUGUUCGUUUCGUGCAAGAGCUCAUUCAGAAGAUUUCGUCGGCUACACUUGAAAAUGAUAAAUUAGAUCCAGAUAUGCUCGAUAAUCUGAGGCAUCCAGACACUGAGCCUGUCGACAUCUCGGAUCCAGACACUCGUCUUUCCCUCAAUUUAUUCAUGUCUUGCAACAAUGCUUCCCAAGCCACCUAUAAUGGCACUCAUGAAUCCAUUCUUCGUUGCUUUCCCAAUAUCACGGUUCUGUCUUAUUAUUCUGUCAAAAAGUUGGUCUCGAAGAUCAGCGGCAUUGACACAGUGCUCGAUGACAUGUGCAUCAAAUCUUGUGUCGCGUUUAUUGGUCCCUUCACCGAUUUGAAAGUGUGCCCUGAAUGUUCCGAACUUCGUUAUGAUCCAGAAAAACUCGCUCGAACCGGAAAAGAAGUCCCCCGACAACAGGCCUGCACUAUUCUGCUUGGACCACAGCUUCAAGCACUUUGCCGCUCACAUCAGGGUGCCGCUGCCCUAUCAUACCGAGAUCAAAAACUUUCUCAAAUCCUCAAAGAGUUCAAUACCCCUGGAUCAGCGGCUGAUCGUCUAUAUGAUGACAUAUAUUCUGGUAGCGCCUUCAGAAAGCUGGCAGAGAAACUAGGACUUACAAAGGACGAUACUGUGGUUUCCUUCUCAGUCAACGGGGCACAACUUUAUCAAAACAAGAAAUCUGAUACAUGGAUUGGUAUCUUCAUUAUCUGUGACUACAAUCCCAUAACUCGCUUCAGAAAGAAGCAUGUCCUUCCAGGCAUUGUCAUUCUGGGUCCAGACAAGCCAAAAAUCCUCAAUUCAUUUCUUUUUCGCAGUUUUUAUCAUUUAUCAGCCCUCCAACGUGAGAAUGACGGCCGAGGAAUGGCUGUGUGGGAUAUCCUUCAACAAAAGACUCUGAACUCGCGGGUGAUAUUCGUGUACGGCACUGCUGAUGCACUGGGAAUGACAGAGCUUGAUGGACGGGUCGGUCACCAUGGUGCGCAAGGCUGCCGAGUGGGAUGCCCUAUGAAAGGACGACAUAAACCUGGUAGUGGCCACUACUGUGCUGCGCACUUACGCCCCAACGAUUGCUCUGUCGAGGAUUCCAACCAUCCCGAUUAUGAUUUUCGUCGUCCUCCGACAGACCCCUCACCCGAAACUUACCAAUUUAACCUAGCAAAAGUUGUUAGUUCGAAAGAUCAACCAGAAUACGAGCACAACAGAAAACUUACCAGGAUCAGCAAACCAUCGAUUAUAAGCGGAUUGCGUCCUGACUACGUAAUUCCUGUUGGAACAUGCUUUCCCCUCGAUCUCAUGCACCCCUUCAUAAAUUUCGGUGAACUUUUUAUUCCCUUGUGGUGUGGAACAUUCAGAUGUGAUCAGACAGACGAUAAGGCUAGCUGGGACUGGGCUACUCUAGUCGGCAAUACAUGGAUUGAACAUGGGAAACUCGUCGCAGCAGCAACUCGAUAUUUUCCCUCGUCGUGUCAUCGCCCACCUCGAAAUCCUGCAGAAAAAAUCUCAAGUGGGUUUAAAGCAACAGAAUAUUAUCUUUACCUGUUCGGACUUGGUCCCGGAUUCUUUCGUGCUGUCCUUCCCGAAAAGUAUUGGCGAAAUUUCUGCAAACUGGUUCACGGUUUUCGAAUCAUCAUUCAAUGGAGCAUUACUGGGCGCCAAGUUGCCGAAGCGCAUGUUUCUUUGACAUCGGCCCAGCUUAAUGCCCUCAAAACCACUUGUCCAGAGCUUGACCCUGACUCCAUCACUUCCCUUCCAAAUGGUGCUUAUGACUGUGGCAAUAAUUUAACAUUUUUAUGGCCACGGGAUCAGUAUGCAAUCGGACUUUUGGACAAUGAGCUGGAGAUAAUAAAAGAUGGAUUGGGGAUCUCUCGAUUGCGUCACUGGGGACGUAUACAACUACCAAAUGGCCAAAUCGUUCGCAGCAAAUUCUCUGAAACAGGAAAGCGAUCAAAUACUCGAGUCUUGCUAAAUGUCAAGAUGAGUCUCAAUAACAAAACAGAAUUCGCUGAAGUACAGUUCUACUUCCUUUUUGAAAAUCGUGAUGCAGAGAUGGUGCCGUACGCUCUCAUUUCAAUGUACGGUCCUCCAGAUGCAGAUAUGCUCGAAGACUCCUUGGCACCUUACAUGCUUGCCGAUAUCAGGGUAUUGCAGCUUUACAAGUUGUCAAAGCCUCCUCAAUACUUUCAGCUGUCUCAAUGCAACCUUUGCCCAAGCUUCCCGGAGAUACAGAGAAUUUGUGAAUUACACAAUGUGAUUGUAAUUAAAUUAACAAGUCCAAGAGGACGAUUGUCUGUGGGGACACUGCGCGUAAAGGUAGGACAGUACAAUCGCCACUCCUCGCCGCUCUCUUUCUUUGAGUCCUCUAACAGGCAGCUGGAUCAAAUUACUGAAGGACAAUGGCCGUCGAUGACUCUGGGCAGCUCAAACCAGAUGCAUAUUGGUACCCUCGGGACAUUCCAGUCAAAUUUUGACUCAAGAGGACAUACUGUGGCUCCCGGUUACGACGACCAUGCCUUUUUAGCGCGUCUUGCAACUGCUACUGAGACCGACCUCCUGCGGGCGCAAAAUCACACAUUUAUGGCCUUACACAACAGUGUUCUGUUUUUGAAAGGACAACUUACUGCGCAAUGGUGA